UUUGCCUUCAGUACAGAGCAGAGCGAAAAUGGAUUUAAGAGAAAACCAAAUAGUGAAAAAGCAGCAGCAUCCAGUUAUGUACCAGAACGUCAUCGUAAUGAGGCACAGUGAACGCAUAGAUAACAUUGAGCCCUUGUGGUUAUCCACCGCCACACGACCGUGGGAUCCGCCACUGUCUCCGUCGGGUCGGGUUCUAGCAUUCCAAACGGGUCAAGGUAUCCGAAAGAGCCUCGGAUUCCCAAUUCAACGACUCUUUGUUUCUCCUUUUCUACGUUGCGUCCAAACUGCUGCAGAAAUUGUUAUCGCUCUCUUUGAUGUUAACGAUGCUGGUGGAAGUGGAAGCGUUAAGGUCUCAAUUGAGAAUGGAAUAUGUCAAAUGCUAAAUAGAAUAAAUAUCCGCCGCAGCAUUGCUCCUAAAGAUGGAAACUUUAGUUUUGAUAUUUCACAGCUUGAAGACAUGUUUCCAAAUGGGAGUGUGGAUAAUAAUACAGAAAUGGUAUAUAAACAGUUACCUAAAUGGGAAGAAUCGGUUACGCUAGCAAAAGUGAGAUAUCAACAAACAAUUACAAACCUUGCAGAUAAAUAUCCUACUGAAAACUUGUUGCUUGUUACACACGGGGAAGGAACUCAAGUGGCUCUUUCUUCAUUCACAAGAGAUAUUGUGGAACAUAAAGUUAAAUAUUGUGGAUAUGUACAACUUAGACGUCCUAUCUUCAAAAACAAUCAUUCCUUUAUUGGUGGAAAGCUCAAUUUACAAACUCAUAUUGGUCAAAAUGGGGUAACCUAUAUUUCUUCACAAGACCUUUGAGUAAAGAUAUCAACUAAACUUCAAAACUCUUCAAGAUGAUGGACUAGAAAUGCUGUUGAGGUAGUUUUUAUAUUUCAAUUUGUUGGUUCCAUCCUGUUGAUUAGGUGGUUGUUGUGGUUUGUUACAAACACAAGUUAAAUAUUAUCUUUUAAAUUUGGUAUUGUACUAGUUUGGAAAAAAAGUAAACCCUAACUAAAAUAAGUAAAACCAAACACAUGUUAUGGGAAAGGACAUGAAAAGAAAAAUUGUAACAAACAUGAUGAUUGAAAUUCUGAAACGGUAACAAAAAUGUAACCAUGAAAACAAUAAGGAAAAUCGAAGAAUAAUACCUUCAUGUUGAGCGAAAACCAUCGAAAAAAAUCUUUAAUCCGUUUCGAAAACCAUGAUAACUCGGGCCAUAAAGUAAACUAAGACAACUACAAAAACAAAGAGCGAAGAACAUUAACACAAAUGUCGUGUGAAAACCAUGUCAAACACAGUUAACAUGCAAAAGAAAGUCUUUACCUGGUCGGUUGCUUAAGACGUUUGUUUAAGCCGUUGAAAAGAAGAAAAAUGGAGUCAGUAAGCAAACAUGCAAAACAGAAUUACAAAAAAGAAAUAAAGGUUUGAAGAUCACGGUAACACUGUAAUCUAGUUUUGAGUCAGAAGACGGAUCGCAACAAUGGAACAGAGGUGAAGAAGUAGAUGAGAGAAGAGAGACGGAAGAGUCACCAAGUCAC